AUGCAAUCAAGCAGGGAUUCGUCCCCACGUCCCCUUCUUUCACCCGACAAUCCACAACAAGAACGCAUAGAGAUGAUUCACUCGGUGAAUAAAAACCAACUAAAUAAUCAUGAUCAAGAUAAAAUCGAUUAUCAUCAACAACAGGACAGGGACCAACAAAUCAACCGGUGGGCCAAUUACCCACCUCAUUCACGCUCACCUUCAGGUUCACGCUCACGUCCUCAUCCUCGUUCCUCCAAUUAUAAUGGCAAUGGGACGAACAACAUACGCCCACUUAUGGAAUAUAAUGAUCCAAAUGACUCAUCAAGUGAUGUACAAGUACAUACAUCUAUAACAAAUCGAUUAAAUAAGAAAAGAAAACAAAGCGGUACGGAAGAACCAAUGGAAUAUUACUAUGAUGAAUCACCGCCUUAUCCACAAUCACAUGAUAAUCACCUACCACCGCAUACAACCACAUCAAACGUCACGUCAGAAUCAAAAUUGAUUACAGAAGAAGCCAAACGGUUCGCACAAACCCGAUAUGCAUUUCUUCUAUUUGCUUUAUCAUUUAAAUCAUCCAAAAUUAAUGGUAAAAGAAUUAUCGAUGAACUGAUUAAAUUCAGCAAAGUUAAUUACUCAUUUGAUCUCCAUUUAUCUGGUUACCGAAUGGCACCCAAUAGAUGCAACACCAAUGAAAAUAACUUGCUUAUUUUCGUUAGAAAUAGCCGUUCCUUUUCGUUUCUUCUGAUCGAUAUCGAUUGGCCGGAUAAUUUUGGUGGUGAAAAAUUCACAAUUGAAAGAAAACCAACUAUCCCUCCACAACUGGCGAUUCUUAUUGACAAUGUUAGCUAUAAAACAAGCUUAUUGGAAAUGGAGAAUGACAUUAAAUCACGAUAUGACAAUGUAGUUAAAGUAAUCCGAUUAAAAAAUAAAAACCAAUUUGAUACAAAAUUUGUUAAAGUCGAAUUCAAUUUUCCAAAAGCACUUGAUGACAUAUUAAAUAAAGGUUAUAUGACAAUAGACUAUAUAAAACAUGAUGUUAAAGAAUAUUUACCACAAGCAUCCAUAUUGAUCUGUUCGAAUUGCAUGGGAUUAGGCCAUUUUUGUAAUUAA